CUCAAGUUUUCGAUCGCGGUUUUUGGCAGAAAUGUCGAGCUAUGGGAGAUCAGGACAGAGAGAAAAAGAGAUACCGUCGGAGCCACCUUUCGUGGCUUAUGUCGGAAAUCUGCCCUAUUCGUGCGUCCAGGGCGACAUCGAUGUCAUCUUUGAGGAGCAGAAGGUACGAAGCGUGCGGUUGGUGAGGGACAAAGAAACAGAUAGAUUCAAAGGCUUUUGUUACGUGGAAUUUGAAGAUCAGAAGUCUCUGAAGGAAGCACUUGAAUUUGAUGGUGCAGUAUAUGGGGAUCGAGACCUUCGUGUGGAUAUUGCAGAACAGAAACGAAAUCGUGAUCGGCCAGGAGGACGAGGUAGAGGUAGAGGUCGUGGUGGAGCUGGUUAUCACGAUUCUGGUCAUCAAGAUAGAGACAGAGAUCGAGACUCUAGAUCACGAGAUUCAGGUCGAGAUCGAGGGUACAAGGGAUGGGGUGGAGGAGGAAGAAGCCAUGAUCGGUAUGACCAUUCUGACCAUUCUGACUAUUCGGGUGGUGGCAGGCAGCAAUUUGAAGAGCCACGCCAGCCGUCAGCAGAGGAAGCAGCUGAAAGGCCUCGUUUGAAGCUCCAACCUCGUACAGUGAAAGAUCCUGUCAAUGCACCGGCUGGUGCAUCAAGGAAUGAUAAUAUCUUUGGUUCUGGUAAACCAAGAGACGAGAAAGAGUAUGAAAAGAAAUUGUCUCAACGUCUGGAAAAGCAGUCUUUGUCUGAUGACAGAUAAACGUAUUUGAUUGACACAACGGUGUGUUUUGAAUUGCUAGAAAAGUACAAUGUACACUAGUUCUUGUGACAUGAUACAAUAAAUCGAGAAAUGUCACCUCACAUCAGAAGUUGAAAUUGCACAA